CGCCAGAGCAAAACCUUAGCUCGGGAAGUGCAACAAUUUUUCCUGCGCCAUCCUCUCACCGCGCGCGCACUCACUUGUCUAUCUCAACACCCUUCAAGCCAGGCUAUUCACAAUGGCAGUUGCAGUGGCUAAGGACGAGAUGGACUACACAAUCAAACCAGAGGCUAGUGCCUCCAACAUCGAUACGUCGGAGUGGCCGCUUCUACUGAAGAAUUAUGACAAGCUCCUUGUCAGAACCGGACACUUCACUCCAAUCCCCGCGGGCUGCUCUCCUCUCAAGCGUGAUCUGAAAUCGUACAUCAAUUCCGGUGUCAUCAACCUCGACAAGCCAUCCAACCCUUCUAGUCACGAGGUAGUCGCUUGGAUGAAGAGGAUUUUAAGAGCGGAGAAAACUGGCCAUAGUGGAACUCUUGAUCCUAAGGUCACCGGAUGCUUGAUUGUCUGUAUUGACCGUGCUACUCGCCUGGUCAAGUCUCAGCAAGGUGCAGGAAAGGAGUAUGUCUGUGUCAUUCGCCUUCAUGAUAAAAUCCCCGGCGGCGAGGCUCAAUUCAAGAGGGCACUUGAAACCUUGACUGGCGCGCUUUUUCAGCGUCCACCUUUGAUCUCUGCUGUCAAGCGUCAGCUCCGUAUUCGAACCAUCCACGAGAGCAAGCUUUAUGAGUUUGAUAAUGAUAGGCAUCUUGGUGUCUUCUGGGUCAGCUGCGAGGCUGGGACGUAUAUUCGGACUCUUUGUGUUCACCUUGGUCUCCUUCUUGGAGUUGGUGCACACAUGCAGGAACUUCGACGUGUACGCAGUGGUGCCAUGGAUGAAAACAGUGGUAUGGUGACUCUGCACGAUGUCUUGGAUGCGCAGUGGAUGUAUGACAACCAGCGCGAUGAGUCUUAUCUGCGCAGGGUUAUAAGACCCUUGGAGACUCUUCUCACGACAUACAAGCGAAUUGUGGUCAAAGAUAGCGCCGUUAACGCUGUCUGCUAUGGCGCCAAGCUUAUGAUUCCUGGUCUUCUUCGCUUCGGUAAGUUGAGCCUAGAGAAAUUACAGGCUGGUAUUGACGUCAACGAGGAAGUGGUACUUAUGACCACCAAAGGUGAGGCUAUCGCGAUCGGUAUCGCUCAAAUGUCCACAGUCGAGCUGUCUACCUGCGAUCACGGUGUCGUGGCCAAGGUCAAGCGGUGCAUCAUGGAGCGCGAUCUCUACCCUCGCAGAUGGGGUCUAGGCCCUGUGGCUUUGGAAAAGAAAAAGCUUAAGUCUGCUGGAAAGCUCGACAAAUACGGCCGUACUAACGAGGCUACCCCCGCUAAGUGGAAGAGUGACUAUAAGGAUUAUAGCGCCCCCGAGGAAGCCUCUAUUCAAACAGCUGAUCACGCCGCAACUGAGGAUGCAGCUCCUACCGAGGAGCCAUCAUCCCCUCAGACCAAGAUGGAGGUUGAUGAAGACCAUGACGAAGAAAAGAAACGCAAACGGCACGAGGGAGAGACUGCUGAGGAACGCGCUGAGCGCAAGCGCAAGAAGAAGGAGAAGAAGGAGAAGAAGGAGCGAAGGAAGUCCAAGUCGAAGGAAGAGAGCGAUGACAGUGACUAGAGACCUCCGGGUAUUACAUGGGUCUGACUCGGGAGCCAAAGUGUUUCGGAUGAAUAACUCUUUUAUUCGGAGCCUCGCCGGGGUAGAUAUCCUGUAACAUACUUAUUUCUUUGUAUCGGAGUCCAGGGUUUGAAAAGGUUAUCAAUUAUUAAAUACAUGUUUACUGGUCUUUUGUGUUGUGGAGAUUCUGCUGCAAAUAU